UGGCGGCGCUCAGCGAGGCUUUCCUGUCACUGGAUACUACUACUCCCAGCCCGCCUCGGAGCCGCCCGAGCCAGCCCUCCGGUCUCUAGUUUACGAGUGGCAAUUUGACUUGCUCUGCUGCAUGUCUGGAGGGACCGAGCAAAGUGUGGAGACGCCCCGGGGAUUCAGGGAUCGCCGCUUGGAAAGCCAGCCGGCCAAACAAAUAAACCAAACCCACCCACCCUAACCACCAUGAGGCUGCUGGAGAGGGCGAGGAAGGAGUGGUUCAUGGUCGGGAUAGUGGUGGCGAUCGGCGCCGCCAAGCUGGAGCCGUCGGUCGGCGUGAACGGGGGACCACUGAAGCCAGAGAUAACUGUGUCCUACAUCGCCGUCGCAACGAUAUUCUUUAACAGUGGACUGUCGUUAAAAACAGAGGAGCUGACCAGUGCAUUGGUGCAUUUGAAACUGCAUCUUUUCAUCCAGAUCUUCACACUUGCCUUCUUCCCAGCAACAAUCUGGCUCUUUCUUCAGCUUUUAUCGGUCACAUCCAUCAAUGAAUGGCUUUUAAAAGGUUUGCAGACAGUAGGUUGCAUGCCUCCCCCUGUGUCUUCUGCUGUGAUUUUAACCAAGGCAGUUGGUGGAAAUGAGGCAGCUGCAAUAUUUAAUUCAGCAUUUGGAAGUUUUUUGGGCAUUGUUGUGACACCGUUGCUGCUGCUGCUUUUCCUCGGCUCAUCCUCUUCUGUGCCUUUUACAUCCAUUUUCUCUCAGCUUUUUAUGACGGUUGUGGUGCCUCUCAUUAUUGGACAGAUUGUCCGCAGAUACAUCAAGGACUGGCUGGAGAGAAAGAAGCCCCCCUUCGGCGUGGUCAGCAGCAGCGUGCUCCUUAUGAUCAUCUACACCACCUUCUGCGACACGUUCUCCAACCCACACAUCGACCUGGACAAAUUCAGCCUGGUCCUCAUACUGUUCAUAAUCUCCAUUCAGCUGAGUUUCAUGCUCUUGACCUUCAUCUUUUCCACACGGAAUAACUCGGGUUUCACACCAGCGGACACAGUGGCUAUCAUUUUCUGCUCCACACACAAGUCCCUCACGUUGGGGAUUCCAAUGCUGAAGAUAGUGUUCGCAGGCCACGAGCAUCUGUCAUUGAUAUCUGUGCCCUUGCUCAUCUACCACCCCGCUCAGAUCCUUCUGGGAAGUGUGCUCGUACCAACAAUCAAGUCCUGGAUGGUAUCAAGGCAGAAGGGAGUGAAGUUGACGAGGCCGACAAUAUGACUCAGGAGGCGCCUUCCUGAAGCGUGUAUAUAUGUACAGGGCUGUCCGUGCAGGCCAUUCUGAACACUUGUCCUUGUGAAUGUUGCUUUGAUGCCUAUUUUAUUUUUUUACAGAAAAAUAUGAUACACCUGUUUAAGUGCCUUAAAUGUUCUUGACAUACGACUGCCAUGGGUGGACAGUAUUCUGGACUUAAUUUUUUUUCCUUAAUGCAGAAAAAAAGUUUUUGUAAGGGACAAAAAGCUCACAGGUUUUCUUUGUACUGCCUUUGUUCACAACAACUCUGUAAUAGUUACUGUAACGUUUGAAAUGAGGUCACACCAUCCAGAAACCAUCCGCCUGGUGACAGGGAAAGAUGCCGCAGUCUCGUUCGCACACUUUGAUUCGCCAUGUGGUUCUUUGUUUCUGUGACUGUGACAUGGCUCCUCCUCAUCAACUCAGCGGGGGUCAGAGAUCGGCGAGAUGCUGAGAAGCACGAGGUACCUCAUUCCUUGACGUCGUCUUCUCUAGACAUCUCUUCAAUUAGUCCCCGCACGCUCUGGAAACUCUUGAGUCCCAUCACACCUGUGUGGGGGAAUCGCUUAAAUUUAUUAUGAGCUGCUUCAAAGGAAGGCCUGAUGUGAGUAUUGAGGUAAACACAGAGUGUGGUUUGGGAGGUUUUCAGUCCUAUCUCUGUGUGCUUUUCCUCCUUCUUCCUUAAUUCCUUUGUUUCUCAUUUCACUGGCACACUCACAGACGCCCCAGGGCAACACACAAACAUGGAAGUCAGUUGGAGAGUAGCAGCAGUUGACGGUGGGUUGUGUUCCCCCUGCACACCUAGGGACCAAGUGCUAGUCCUGUUACACAGUUCCAAGUCGCUCCUGUUGGCAAGACGCAGCCUGUUACACCCUUUAAGUAAGCACACUUAAGACAUUCGAGACAGUUCAUGAAUGAGAGCGUCCAUCACUCACUUGACAAAUGUUUGGAGCAUCUCUUAAGAAACCAAAUCAUAUUGCCCUUAGGAGUCAAAGAAGACCUAAGGUCAUGGACGUGAGCGAAUGUUACAUGCCCACACUGCCUAGGCAGGUGGGAAGAGGCCAGCCCAGAAGGCCCAAGACCAUCCAUUAGCCAAGCUGUCAAACAACCAGUCCUGGAACUGGGCAUCAGCUUUCAAAGGACUAUCUGAUGUGGCCUUCAGUGGCCAGGAGAGCUCAAGCUGGACCCCAGUGGAAAAUAAGCAAUGGGCGGCGACGGCGGCGGCGGCGGCAGCAACGCUGUUCUUGUGUUUCCUUUAUACUUACUCUUUACUGAUUUGACAGACAGAUUGGCGGCCUGGGCCUCACCAAGGCUGCUCUCUCCCCAGCAGCCGCCUUUCUUGGUAGUGGUGGCUGAAGUCCUACAGCGAAGCAGCCAUUCCUUCAGAAUUCCCCGGGCUCGUCAGGGGUGCUAGUUUACGGCAUGGUUAGCACCGGCCUUCCAGUGUUCGCCCAGGUCUUUUGUGUCGAUGUCUCAGGACCCAUAACCCCCAGCAGAGCUCUGCCGCCGGUGCCCGGCCUUGGCAGUGACUCCCUUGGCGAGUGUGCCACUUACUCGGAGCAGAGAGGUUUUCAAGUCUCGUCCCUCACACUUGGGCUUUAGAGGAAGUGGAAGUUGUCUGUCUGCCAGACUGUAGUCAGACCCCCGGUCACGUGCACACUGGUCUCCCUGCAACCUCCCUACCUCUCAACACCUGCACUAGGUGUGGCUGUGGGAGAAAUUCAGCUGACAUGCUAGGAGAGCGUUUUAUCUUCUGCUUUAAAAGGUGUUUUGUUUUCCAAUAAUUGAUGUAUAUCAUGAGUUUGGGUGGCUUUAAUAACAUGUCUGUGGCAACUUCUCUUUUUACACAAAUGCGAUAGCAUAUUUUUCCAUGGUGAGCAAAAAAUAGAAUCAAAAUUUAUUUUAGUUCCUGCUCAUUCGAAUUUAAUUAGCUUAAAAUAUUUUCCUAUGUUUAUGCACUGUCCAUCUCUGUUUUAUACAUUUGUUUGUCCAAAUGUAUUUAUAAAAGAAAUACAUUAGAUUAUAUUUAUGUUUACUCAUGUUUCCACCUGGAAUUCGUUUUUUUAACGCUGAAAUUUUAAAGAAUGGUAAUGUGGUCUUUACAUGUGUUUCAGGUUUUAAGAUUUUGUGGAUUUUUUUAAUUCUUCCCUAUCCUGUUUUUAACUGACACACCUCUGGUUGACGCUCAGUGUUUAUGCUAAAUACCAAAUUUUUUCAAAGAUGGCUAAGUAAUGAAGUGGGUUAUUUAUAAUAAAUGGGAAAUAAAAAAUAAUUCUAUGAUAAACAAA